AUGCCGCCCACGAAGAAGGCCAAGAAGGGGAAGAAGAAAUCCAAGGAUGGCAAGCUCAAGAUCGCCAGGUCGCGGGGCGCGCCGCCGCCGCUGCCGCCGGUGCUCCGCGCUCUCGACACCGAGUGGUGGUACACCUUCCUCAACAAGCAAACCGAGCUAAAACAUGUUGUGCCUUCAGAUGAGGGGGAAGCAUUCAGGCAUUUCUUCAGGACUUCAAGGAAGACUUUUGACUACAUCUGCUCCAUUGUUAGGGAAGAUUUGAUCUCAAGGCCACCAUCUGGGCUGAUCAACAUCGAGGGGAGGCUGCUCAGUGUGGAGAAGCAAGUGGCAAUUGCCAUGAGGAGGCUUGCAUCCGGUGAUUCCCAGGUGUCAGUAGGGAUUGCUUUUGGUGUGGGUCAGUCUACUGUUUCGCAAGUGACAUGGAGGUUUAUCGAGUCGAUGGAAGAUAGGGCUAGGCAUCAUCUGGCAUGGCCAAACCAAGAGAGACUGGAGCAGAUCAAAGCUGCUCUGGAGGAUGCUUAUGGCCUACCGAAUUGUUGUGGUGGUGUCGAUGGCACCCACGUAACCAUGACGCUUCCUGCUGUUGAGUCAUCUGAAGAUUGGUGUGAUCAUGCAAAGAACUACAGUAUGUUCCUGCAAGGGGUUGUUGAUGAUCAGAUGAGGUUUAUUGAUAUUGUUACUGGUUGGCCUGGCAGCAUGACAUUCUCACGCCUGAUGAAUUACUCUGGGUUUUUCAAGCUCUGUGAAUCUGGGGAACGUUUGAAUGGCUCUGUGAAAGUUUCAGCAGAGGGUGCAGAGAUCAGGGAAUACAUUGCUGGUGACUCAUGUUAUCCUCUACUCUCAUGGCUUAUGACUCCAUAUGAAGGGAAAAAUCUGUCUGCCCCAUUGCAAAACUUUAAUGCCCGCCAAAAAGCUGCAAGGCUGCUUGGAACAAAUGCAUUGGCACGGCUGAAGGGAUCCUGGAGGAUCCUACACAAAGUCAUGUGGAGGCCUGACAAGAACAAGCUGCCAAGUAUAAUUCUUGUUUGCUGUCUGCUUCACAAUAUCCUCAUAGACUGCCAUGAUGAAUUGCUUCCGAGCGUUCAACUUCCGGAACAUCAUGAUACUGGCUAUACUCGAGAAAACUGCGGGCAGGUGGAUCCUAAUGGCAAAGUAAUGAGAGAAAACAUUACAGCACAUCUCCAACACCGUGAAGCUUCCAAGUUUCUCAGCAACUGA